AUGGGCGCCACCGUCAAGGAUAUGGUGGAUAAUUCCAUCAAGGAGAAUGAAUUUGUCAUCUUUGGCAAAUCGUGGUGUCCCUACUGCAAACGAGCCAAGGCUAUCAUGGAGGAUCUCACCGAUCAAUUGAUGUAUAUCGAUAUCGACAAAACGGAUAAAGAAUCCGAAAUACAAGCUUACCUCCAUCAGCUGAAUGGACAGGGAACCGUUCCUCACGUUUAUAUUCGACAAAAGUUCAUCGGAGGUUGCUCUGACUUGCAAGCUAUACCAGGGGCGAAAUUGAAGGAGAUGGUCAAGGGUUCUAAGGCCAAGGCGUGA